GCGCCUGGCCAGGAAGCGGAGCGAGCGAGAAAGAGGCUGGGCGAGGAGAAUGGGUAGCUGUGUCGGAGGCGAGCAAAGCAUCUGAAAGAAGCGAAGAAAGACUGACGCUGCCGCCGUCUCCCUUUCUCCCCUGCAUGAGGCAAGGUCGGCGGCUGCAAGGACGCGCGGCGGCGGACAGAAGUUGUGGCGGCGGGCAUAAGAGGCGUUGCCGGUAGGACUGACUGCUCCACGUGCUCGGUGAGGCUGCUGCUGGGCUGAAGGCUCGCCAGGCGCUGGAGUGGCUGGGGCAGCAGCAGCAGCAGAGGAGGAGGAGGUUAUCGCACAGCUCUUCUAGAGAUCCCUCCGCAUCUUGUAAGGUGCGCUGCAGGGUGAAACUUAAAAGAUGGCCAGGGUGAUCAAAAUAUUUCAGACCCUCAGAAAUCAUUGGAAGAAGACAACUCUUGGGGUCUGCCUGUUUACCUGGGGAGGAAACUGGCUGUAUGGAAAACACUGUGAUAACCUACUACGGAGAGCUGCAUGCCAAGAAGCCCAGGCAUUUGGCAACCAGAUUAUUCCUCCCAGCAUGCAGAUAAAGAAGGCAACAGUAUUUCUCAAUCCUGCAGCUUGUAAAGGCAAAGCAAGAAGCCUUUUUGAAAAGAAUGCAGCCCCAAUUCUACACUUGUCUGGUUUGGAUGUGACUAUAGUAAAGACAGAUUAUGAAGGCCAAGCAAAGAAGUUGCUGGAGCUGAUGGAAAACACAGACAUGAUCAUUAUUGCCGGAGGGGAUGGGACUGUCCAGGAGGUCAUAACUGGGCUUCUUCGAAGGGCAGAUGAGGCAGCUUUCAGUAAGAUUCCUAUCGGAUUCAUUCCCCUUGGAAAGUCCAGCACUUUGGGCCAUACUCUUUACCCUGAGAAGGUGAACCAAGUCCAAUUUAUCACGGACGCCACAUUGUCCAUCCUGAAAGGAGAGACCAUUCCACUUGAUGUUCUUCAGAUCAAGGGGAACAAAGACCAGCCCGUGUUCGCCUUAACUGGGUUAAGAUGGGGAUCUUACAGAGAUGCAGGAGCGAAAGUCAGCAAGUACUGGUAUCUUGGGCCUCUGAAAAUCAAAGUCAGCCACUUUUUCAGUACAUUAAAGGAGUGGCCUCAAAAGCACCUAGCCUCCCUCACCUAUGUGGGCCCAACCCCAAGGCCUCCUGAGGAGCCAGAGCAGAAGAUGUCUAGACCACCUUUAUACAUCAGGCUUUACAAGAGGCUUGCACUUUAUUGGGCACCUACCCCCAAAGAAAUCCCCAAAGAGGUGACCCCUGAGGCCUGGCAAGAAAUGCAGCUGUCUGCCAUUGAAUUUUCCAUCACCACCCAGAACAGACAUCUUGACCUGAAACGUACAGAAGACUUCAUGAAUAUUUGCAUUGAACCAGAUACCAUCAGUAAGGGAGAGUACAUAAAAAGAGGAAGCCAAAAGAUGCAGGACCCCCACUUGUGUCCAGAAGGAAGCCAGUGUCUUCAGGCCAGUAGGUGCAUCUUGCAGCUUCCAGAGGAUACAGCAGGCUCCUUGGCUAUAGACAGUGAGGAAUACGAAGCCAUGCCUGUGGAGGUGAGGCUGUUGCCCAGGAAGCUCCAGUUCUUCUGUGAUGCCAGGAAAAAAGAGCAGAUGCUUCAGAGUGCCUCGUAGCCCAAGCAGAUAUCAACUGGACCAUCUUCAAAGGUGUGCGUUUCCUUUUCGGAAAUGGCUAAAAGAAAUUGCUGUUAACCCCUGCCUGCAAACCAGCUAUGUACAUUUCAAGGGAGUUUGAAAGGCGACUUCAUAAGAGUCUCAGGAAAGGGGUUAAUUUGCUUGCGCCACUGGUUGGACUGUGCCCAACUACAACUGAAAAGACUGGAUGGCCUUCCUGAAGCACAAUGAAAGCCUUUGUUUUGCAGACUGACCUCUGUGUUUCUAGCCAGAUGUAGGAAUAGAGAGUCUCUGCUGUGAGGAAGAGUUACAGGCAGAAAUAAAAGCUGACCGUAUCAGAACAGAAAGCAAA